CGUGGCCGCUGCGCGCGCUGCUCCUGUUGCGUGACCAACGGCACGACCGCCAUAUUAGUAAACCGUGCUGAGUUUGCAUCCGUAUAUGAUUCUUAGCGAGAAGACAAGCUGUCGACUGGCGUCUCGCAGAUUUAAUACUUCACUUCAUCUCGCAGAGCUCCGGGCUCCUGCUGCACGUUGCCAAGAUGAUGUACACAGGGACAACUGCUUCGCAGGAUACCAGGUUCAGUGACAAGGAGAAAAAACUACUGAAGCAAAUGAAAUUUGGAGAUUCUUUGACACAGAAAGUGGAUAUGAGCAAAGUGAAACUUGAUGUGAUUAAGCCAUGGAUCACAACAAAGAUCACGCAGAUUCUAGGGAUGGAAGACGAAGUGGUGAUAGAGUUUGUGUAUAAUCAACUUGAGGAGAAGUUUCCUGACCCCCGAAAAAUGCAGCUCAAUCUGACAGGCUUCUUGAACGGUAGGAAUGCCCGUUCUUUCAUGGGUGAAUUAUGGGACCUCCUGGUCUCUGCUCAAGAAAGUGUUACGGGUAUUCCGGAGACUUUCUUACAACAAAAAAAAGAUCAAAUUAAAAAGCGUUUGGAAGAGCAAGAAAAACUUCAAGCAUCAUUGGCAGAAAAGGAGAAAGAAAAGGAACGUGAGAAAGAAAAAGACGAUGCUGAUAGUAAAGUGAAGAAGGAAGAGAAAGAUAGAGGUUCAUCGAAGGAGCGUAGAAGGGAUCGAAGUAGGGAUCGCGAUAGAGACAGGAGCAAAAGGAGCAGAUCGCGAGAUCGACACAGAGAUCGUGAUCGAUCAAGCCGUAAAAGAAGAUCUGUUUCGAGAUCACCAAGUAAAAAUUCGAAGGACAACGGGAAAGAUAUGCCCGAGAUUAAGAUCGAACGAGAAGAUUCACCGCAACCGGAAAAUGCUAUUCCUUUGAUGCCAGUUAAAACUAAACCAGAAGCUGCAGUUGCAAUAUCAAGAUUGCAAGCUAAAUUGAUGAGUAUUGCUGAUGGAAAAAAGAAGAACAAUCGUACGCCAUCGCCGGAAUCAUUGGAAAAGUCAACGAGAAAAUCGCGUUCUGGAUCUAAAUCACCAACGGCUCGUUCAAAGAAAUCCAGAACCAAAUCACCUAGUCGAGAUUCGAAAAUACGUCGAUCACGAUCGCCUGCUUCAAAAUUAAGACGAUCUCGUUCCAAGUCGAGAUCUAGAAGAUCUCGAUCUAAAUCGAGGAGAUCUAAGUCGCGCUCGCAGGAACGUACAAAGUCCAAGCGAAGCAAAUCUAAAUCGCCGAGAUCACGUUCACGAUCGCGAUCCAAGAAAUCUCGAUCCAAGAGCGAAGACAGAAGCAAGUCGAGAAAAUCGAGAUCUGAUUCGAGCGAUUCGAGAUCCUCCAAGUCUCGCUCAAAGUCUUUAGAGAAACGUAAAGACAAUGGAGAUUCCAAUAGAAAACGUAAUGGUAGUACAAGCAGUAGUUCCGCAUCUGAAGAAGAAAAAGAUGCGAAGGAUAAAAAUGACUUUGAGAUACGAAAGAAGAAAGAUGGCGUGCAGGCUAAGAGAUCCUACAGGAAAACCAAUAAAGACGAUAGUGGCAGUGAUAGCGACUCUAGUCGGGAGAGGAAAUCAGCUCCUAAAAGAAGAAGUCCUUCGCCACGCAAGGAUAGAGGUCGAUCUAAGGAUAGAGAUAGAAAUAGAUCACGGGAUCGAUCACGAGACAGAUCACGAGAUAGAUCGCGAGAUAGAUCACGCGAUAGAUCACGAGAUAGGAACCGAAGAAGAUCAUUGGAUCGGGAUCGCGACAGGAGACGGGAACGCGAACGCGAAAGGGACAGGGACAGAUUGGACCGAUAUAGCGGCAGUCGUAGUAUGCGACCACCUUCGGUGCGCAGGCCGCCUAAUAGGCGCAGUAGUCCUCCGCGCAGAAGUCCGGCAAGAUAUCGUCGUAGGUCACCGAGUCCCGAAGACAGACGUCGCAGGAGAUCGCUGGAUCGUCGAAGACGGUCAUCGGAGAGACGCGACAGACGCCGUUCACUCGAUCGACGUGGGAGCCGACGUCGUUCGCCGGAUGGACGGGAUCGAUCGAGCAGGUACGAUAGAUCUUCCUCACGUGACAGAUCAAGUAGGCGGGAUCGCUCCAGAGAACGACGAGACAAGGAUCGUAGAUCUAGAUCUAAGGAUCGUAGAUCGAGAUCCAAGGAUCAGAGAUCAUCGGUGGAUCGUUCGAGAGACGGGAAGCGGUCUCCCGAUCGUUCGAAGGAUACCAAGGAUAAGACGAAGGACAGGAAAGUGGAUGAAAAAACUAAAAGACCGCCUGAUACAGGAUCGCGAAAAGAAUUGCGAAACGGCCGAUCUAAGUCAAGUAGCUCGGAAAGUAGCGAGAGUAGUUCCUCUAGCAAUGAGGAUGAGUCACUUAGGAAAUCAGUCGAGAACAAAACGCCGCAGGAGAAGCGAGAAAGAGAACGUGAACACGUGGACGAUGCCAAGAAAAAGGAGAAAGAAAAAACUGCGAAAGAAGAACCUGCUAAGCGACCAGAAAAGGAAAUUAAGAAGAUGGAACCCGUCACUACGAAAAAGCCAGAACCCAGUGUUUCUCCUAAGAAACUUCAAGUUACUUCACUUCCUAUUACUAGACAUAGAUUCUCAAAGAGUUUGUCUCGUACCCCCUCGCCGUUUAAGAAGACUGAAGACAUCAUGGCAGUAACAGUCAAAAUGAAACAAACGAUUAAAGAAGAUAUUAAGGAUGAUUCACUAACAAAAGUUGGAGAAGCGAAUUUUACGGCUGGAGAUACUUUCCCUCUAAAAAAGGAUGAGAAAUCUUUAAAAACAACGAAACUAGUAACAGAAGAUAAAAAAGCUAUUCAGAAACCAUUGGAACCUUCAUCCAAAAAAUCUGUAGAAGUAGCUAAAAAAACAAAGAGAGAAAAGCGCGAUGGUUCUACAGAUAGUGAAGAUAGUGAUGGUGAAGGCAAAAGAAAAACAAGAAAGAUAGAAAAAUCGAAGAAAUCUAAGAAAGCUUCAACAGAUGAAGAUAAAUCUGAUAAAAGCAAAGCUGGAUCUAGUUCAGAAUCUGAGGAUGAUAGAAAACAUUCAGAUAAAAACAAAAAAGCCAGAGAUACUAGUCGAACCGAUUCAAUAGAUGAUCGUAAUAAAGAUAAAAAAGAUAAUAGAAAACGCGAAGCCAUUGAAAAUGAUUCACGAAAGCGUUCAAGGAAAGAAAUAGAAGAAGAAUUGAAAAAAUCAAAACGAUCGCGGAGAGAUUCUUCUUCUGGUGAAGAAGAGCAGAAGUCUAAAAGAAAUAGAAACGAAGACGAUAGAUCCAGAUCUCGGAAGUCAAAGAGAGACUCUAGUUCUGAUGAAGAACCUAAAAAAACAAGGAAGAGGAGAGAUACUUCAUCAGAUGAAGAAAAAUCUAGAUCGCGAAAAUCCAGAAAGGAUUCGACAAGUGAAGAUGAAUCUAAAUCAAAAUCAAAAAAAUCCAAACGAGAUUCGAGUUCAGAUGAUGACGAUCUCAUCGAUAAAGAUUCAAAGAAGAAGAGGAAAGUCGAUGAUAGUUCGGAUGAUGAAAAGGUGAAAAAGAAGCGUAAGAAAAAGGCGAAAACCAGUACAAGUGAAUCAGAGGAGAGCGAAGUUGAAGAAAAGAAGAAAAAGAAAGAAAAGAAGCACAAGAAACAUAAGAAGCAUAAGAAGCAUAGAAAGCAUAAGAAGAAGAAGGUUGCGGAUUCAGAUGAAUCUGAUGUAAGUGAAGGUAAUACCGAAGAACUGGAAAAGAAACUUCGGGAAAAAGCGUUAAAGUCUAUGAAAAAGGGACAUAGCAUUGAACGAAGUGAUUGAGAUUAACGUGAUCUCUAAGAAUGUAUCGUGCGUGUAUCUCUGUAUCACAAAACAUUUUAAUUGUAUUAUGAAUAACUUUCGUUUCUUAGUAAAAUAAUUGGAUUGGAUCUUUUAUCACUCAAUCCCUUCGGAACAAAAUUAGAACGACAUUCAUACUGUGAAAUAGUUUUCGUAAAUGUAUUGACAAAAAUAUGAUGUUCUCUAUUUUCUUCAUUUCAUUAAGACUUACCAGAAUUAGGUAAAGAUUCAUUUUCUCAGUAAACAAUGUACAGAGUGUACUUAUUCGUAUUGAUAUGAAUAUUCAUAUGUAUGCUGAUGUAAAGGUUUUAUAUGUUUUGAGAAUCUGAUGGAAAAUAUCAACUUUAACUAUAUACUUUCAGACUUUAGUUCCUAAGUAAGUUCAAGUGAAAUUAGGACUCGUAUACACAGCGAUUUGUUUGUGUUAAUUUGUAUAAAGCUUAAUUUUCAUUGCAGUGUUUAGAAAAUAAUAAAUAGUAUAUUUGAGUGAUAAUAUUACAGC